AGGUAGCGGUACUACGUCUAACGUGUGAAUAAAAUGUAAUUUUGAAAUGUAAAUUCUGUAAUUUUCUUUCCAAGUCGAAACGACAAGCUCAAUGCUUUGGGUUUUCGUGGCAGUGUUGCUUAGCGGUGUUGCAGCUAUCAAAAACAGUUCAGAUGUCGGUCGAGCUGGAACAGAAGGAAGCUUAAAUGAAGGACCACAAGAUUUUUUUGAAACUUCAAGUUAUGUCUUGCUUGCCCCGUCUCCACCGAUCAUAACAAGUUCCUCUCGAACAUCGGAACCAACCUCGUACUUGCUGUCAUGGAAACCAAACCAAGAUGAACAUUUUACAUCUUAUAAAAUACGAUAUAUAAAAGACCAACAUCUUAAAAACACCACCCUUAGUAAAAAUGAUGUUUCUAUGUUAUGGUACUACAUCUCCGUCUCAUCCAAUUUAACGUCACGUUUAUUAAACAACCUUGAACCAUCAAGUUUGUACCAAGUUGAGAUGGUUGGGAUAACGAACAACGCUACAAGCCAAUUAGCGGUGUCAUCAUUUAGAACGGGAUCUGGUAGGAUAUGAUAUGUUUUCAGUAACUGUAA